AUGGCAUCACUCCUCACCAUAAAGAACUCUGGUGAUUCCCAGCCCUCGGGGUCAUUUCUGGGCCAACUCCAUCCAAUGGGUCUGGGCGCAUUCAACAUCAAGGAGGAGGAGAGGGAGAGUGAGAGGCCAAGUGGAGAAGACCAAGACCAGGAAGCAGUUCUGGGCUCGGGUCAAAGAGGAGGUAAAAACAUUUGUUUUCAAAUGCUGUGAUGAAACCAAUGUUACAUCAUGUGUGUUGGAUAAACUAAAACAAAACAGCUAUUAAUCACUUUUUUUCUGUUUUGUGCUGUAAUUAGGUCAUGGAUCCAUAUCUUGUUGGCCUACAGGACAGCCUAGACCGGAGGUUCCAACACCUGGAGAUUCUGGGGGCCUUCAGUGUGUUGGGCCCUCAGGCUGCGUUCUCUAGUGAGAGGAUGAACACCUUUAACCUGACCCUCCUCUCCAGGCAGUUAAUGCAAGCACCAGAGGCUGUUGUGCUGCAAGAGUGGCCCUCUUACAAGCAACAUGUGCUAGUUGGAGCAUUCAAAGUAUGGCAUGAGUGUGACAAUCUUUUGAAGAGAACAUUUUAGGCCAGUGUUGCCCAACCCUUUUUACUGUUGAACUACCACUCUGUUGGCUCUUCUUUAAUGUUGUACAUCUUUUAGUUUUUCAUGUAUUUCAGGGGUUGGACCAGCUGACGGCAAUGACAAAGUUUGA